CUGUCAGCAGCAGCGAUCAGAGCCGAGCUGAGCCGAGUCGAGCCGAACCGCUGGGUACUGUGGCUGUUCCAGGCUGAGCCGCGACCGAAACUUCACUGCCAAGAUGUCUGACGAUGAGCAAGAGCAGACCGUAGCCGAGGACCUGGUGGUCACCAAAUACAAGAUGGGGGGUGACAUCGCCAACCAGGCUCUUCGUCUGGUGGUGGAAGCAGCCAAGCCUGGGGUGUCUGUUCUCAGCCUCUGUGGGAAGGGGGACUCUUAUAUCAUGACUGAGACGGGAAAGGUCUUUAAGAAGGAAAAGGAAAUGAAGAAAGGUAUUGCCUUUCCCACCAGCGUCUCAGUCAAUAACUGUGUUUGCCACUUCUCUCCCCUGAAGAGUGACCCUGACUACACACUUAAAGAUGGGGAUCUGGUCAAAAUAGAUCUUGGGGUUCAUGUCGAUGGCUUUAUUGCUAACGUUGCUCACAGCUUUGUUGUGGGAGCCAGUAAGGAGAGCCCCAUCACUGGUCGUAAAGCUGAUGUAGUCAAAGCAGCCCAUCUCUGUGCAGAAGCAGCUCUUCGCCUUGUUAAACCGGGUAACCAGAACACUCAAGUGACAGAAGCCUGGAGCAAGAUCGCUCAGUCGUUCAAAUGCACACCUAUUGAGGGUAUGCUGUCUCAUCAGCUUAAACAACAUGUCAUAGAUGGAGAAAAGACCAUAAUCCAAAACCCAACAGACCAGCAAAGGAAGGACCAUGAGAAAGCAGAAUUUGAGGUACAUGAAGUCUAUGCUGUGGAUGUCUUGAUUAGCACCGGAGAAGGGAAGGCCAGAGAUGGAGGUGUGAGGACCACCAUUUACAAGAGGGACCCCAGUAAGCAGUAUGGCUUGAAAAUGAAAACUUCCCGUACUUUCUUCAGCGAAGUGGAACGACGCUUUGAUGUCAUGCCCUUCACUCUUAGGGCAUUUGAGGAUGAAGCCAAAGCUCGUCUGGGUGUGGUGGAGUGUGCCAAACAUGAAUUGUUACAGCCCUUCAGUGUACUACAUGAGAAAGAAGGAGAGUUUGUAGCUCAGUUUAAGUUCACAGUGCUGCUUAUGGCCAAUGGGCCUCACAGAAUCACCAGCGGCCCCUUCGACCCAGAGCUCUACAAGUCGGAGCAUGAAGUCCAGGAUCCAGAUCUAAGGACUUUACUCCAGAGUUCUGCAAGCCGUAAAACACAAAAGAAGAAGAAAAAGAAGGUGAAGGCCUCAAAGACGGCGGAAAAUGCAACUGGACAGCCAGCUGAGGGCACAGAAGCCGCAGGAUAAAUGAAUGAAUAAACGGAUAAAUAAUUCAACACUGCCUUUCCUCACAUGUAACGCACCACGGAGAACCAAAAGAAGACCCAAUAAAUUGCCCCGAAAUUCUAUGCCCAUUGUCCCCAGGAGAUGAUGAUAUCACAAAAUUAAACUGAAUUCAAGAGAACUCUGGACACGGUUGAAUAAUUGAAGGAUCCCACAUGGACUAAAAGCUUUUAAACCUUUGCUGUUGUAUCAUGAAAUGAUUUCUGCUGUUGUCACAUUUGCAUAGGAAUAAAAACUGUUUGCAAAUGGUAAAAUAAAAAUAAUAAGAAUAAAAAAAAAUCAAAAGACUUAACCCAAUGGUACAUCAACAAUUGGUGUCUGUUUUGGUAAAUUGCAAGUUUGCUAUUCGUAAAAGUGGAACUUGUGUUAACAGAGUAAAGGGUUAGUUAGUUAAUGGGUUCUUUAUUCAUAUUUAUCAUUACACACAAGACAUCAGUGUAUCUGGUCUCCCUGAUGCAGGAAUGGGAUGUUUUAAUGUGACUUUACACUUGUUUACCUUUGAAAACAAAUUUUAAACAAGCUUCUGGACUUGUCUUUGUUUAAACAAAAAAAAAAUGUUUUCUCAUUCUUCUUUUGAUUGAAAUGCUUUUCACCUCAUGAAUCAGUUGUCAUCCACUGCAUUAUAACAACUGCUAUUCAAAAUUAGUUUUUGGAUCACACCAUGCAUUCAAAGGUUAAAUUGUCAAAGUGUUACAAUAAUUAUAAAAAACCUGACUGUAAUGGAUUGUUUCCUGGCUCCAGAGAUAAAUGUAUGGUUACCCUUUGAAUUGUCACUUACCGACUACAUGUAUUUGAUGAAAUUACAAUGUUUGAAGAACUGUUUUCUAAGGCAACAACACGAGUGGAACACCAGGAUAUUUUAAACAGGAGGAAACAAUUGUAAUCUUGACCUUAGGGAACAAACUGCUGUGUUUACUGCCAUUACCUUUUACCCCUUUAAAAGUAAAAAUCAUGCUCCAACUUUGAAAAACUUUUCUCUUUGUAAAAACCUCUUACUUGCCUCUUUACAUCAUGAGUCUUGUGAAACAUGGGAACUAAAGUAGACAUGUUGGACCAGUAGAAAGAUCAUGUAAGGCCUGAGUUUAAUUUGAUAGUCACAAAUUGUCAGGUCACAUUUUUCAACAAGUCAAUAUGUUGAGAAAUGUAAAAUCCUGCUUUGUCGCUCAGUUGUCAGGUGGUUGAUGGAUAUUUACAUGUAAUGAAAUAAAAACAUUUUCAUACA